UAGAAAUGAAAUAUGUUCAACAUUUUAUUUGUUUUCUACCAUUUUGUUGUAAGAUCUACUUUGAAAUCUAUCUGAUAAAUUAUGUGAUCGGCACCACAGACAUCACACUUAUUUACAUCGUCUCACAAAUAGACAAGUAUUUACCAGUUCCAAUUUUGUGUCUUUAGCACUAAUAUUAUAGUGAAUUAUCUAUCAUAAAAUAUAUAGGUCAGCAUAUUAUCCGUGUUCUUUAAUCGAUUUUGCACAUUAUUUAAAGUAUUAAGAGUGUUAUGAGUAUUUUUUAAUUUUUAGUGUAAGUAAGACCGAGACAAUACGUACUAUGUCCUCCUAAGACUUAAGUUUACAAAUCAUAAUACUCAUAUUUAUAGUUAGUAAUAGGGUCAGGAACUUGGGUAUAUUAUAUAUUUGAUAAAGAUUGAUUAAAGCCAUUAUGGCAUGAUAUAAAUAUAAUUAAUAUAUCAUUUAAUCUUUACUAUAAAUGUCAUUAGUCAUUUAUCAAAACAUUUAUAUUUGUUGAAAACUUAGAGUAGUAGCAGUACAUUACCUCAACAAAUUGAAAUUGACCAAAUACAUUCAGUUAAUUCUAUGGAUCAUUUUAAUAGAAUUCAAUCAGGUCCAAUAAAAUACAAUUCUUAGGACUUUUACUCAUACAAAAAUUUCAUUUUAUUUCAUAUAUUUUAUACUUACUAUUUAUAGAAGACAUUCAAACAGCUAAACAAAACACAAUUAUAGAGUUACUAAGUUCAAUUUAUAAAGAACAAAUACAGAGUCGGAUUAAGCAUGAUCAUUUGUUGUCUAAGCUUGAACAGGUAGAAAAGGCAGUAAACAAAAUAGGAGUGAUCAAUAAUAUUUCAACUGCAAUGCCUGAUUUUGAUAGCACUUUUAUGGCAAACUGGCCCAUGAAAAACGAGCAAAUGUUUCUAAAUGUUUCUAAAUGUUUAUUAGAGGAUUCGUUUGUUUCUUUAGUAGAAAAUUGGUUUAUGUCUAUUGGCGGAAAUUCAGUAAAAGACAAUUUGAAGAGAGUUCUUGUUAACAUUUUUAGUAAUGAGUUUGCCAUACAUUGUUCUUGGACGGGAAGAGGAAAAGAUGUUACUACCAAAUUAUGUGACUCCAAAAUUGUGAUUGUAUUAAAAAGGUGUAUAAAAAAUCAAAAAGAAUACAGUGAUGCUUUAUUUGAAUCGUGUUUGGCUGAUUGGUUCCGUUAUGCCACAACAAGACACAAGAGAUCGUUAGAUUGAUUAAACUUUUAUCUUUUUCACAAUUUAAUUUAAAUAAUAGGUUUUUUAUACAUAUUUAAUUUUAUAUAAAGUGUAAGAAGAUUUUACGUCCAAAUAAAUCAUUUCAUAAAAGUAUUAUGACUUAUAUAGCUUAUAAUAAUUAUCCGAUGUAAACCAUUUAUAUUUUGUUAGUACUUAUAAACAAAGGUGGGCUAGUUAAUGAAAACAAUCAACCUAAGUUAAUUCAACAUUUAGAAUGAUAGCUACAAAAUAGCUAAUAUGGAAAAAAAAUAUAAACUCAACUCAGUUUAAAAGAAG